ACGUCCACUACCGCCAAAACGACGCUCUAACCGUCGCUGUAGCUCCACCCACUCGAAAAAGUAUAAAUACACUCAACCACGCCACCCGCUUUCAUUGCUGCCUUCAAGAACCGAUUCUUCAACGUCGGCGGGAAGGAGAAACUAAAUCAAGAUGCGUGAGUGUAUUUCUAUGCAUGUCGGCCAGGCCGGUGCCCAGAUGGGCAAUGCUUGCUGGGAGCUCUACUGCCUGGAGCACGGCAUCCAGCCUGACGGUCAGAUGCCCAGUGACAAGACCAUCGGCGGAGGAGACGACUCCUUUAACACCUUCUUCAGUGAGACUGGAGCUGGAAAACACGUUCCUCGAGCCAUCUUUGUUGAUCUGGAGCCAACUGUGAUUGAUGAGGUACGCACAGGAACCUACCGCCAGCUCUUCCACCCCGAACAGCUCAUUACUGGCAAGGAGGACGCAGCCAACAACUACGCACGUGGUCACUACACCGUUGGAAAGGAGAUCAUUGACCUUGUUCUUGACAGGACACGCAAGCUGGCUGAUCAGUGCACUGGGCUCCAAGGUUUCCUCAUCUUCCACUCCUUUGGCGGUGGAACCGGCUCUGGCUUCACCUCUCUGCUGAUGGAGCGUCUCUCGGUCGACUAUGGCAAAAAGUCCAAGCUGGAGUUUGCUGUUUACCCAGCCCCCCAGGUGUCCACAGCUGUGGUGGAGCCCUACAACUCCAUCCUGACCACCCACACCACCCUGGAGCAUUCUGACUGCGCCUUCAUGGUAGACAAUGAGGCCAUCUACGACAUCUGCCGCAGGAACCUUGACAUCGAGCGUCCCACAUACACCAACCUCAACAGGCUGAUUGGACAGAUCGUCUCCUCCAUCACAGCCUCCCUGCGGUUUGACGGAGCCCUGAACGUGGACCUGACGGAGUUCCAGACCAACUUGGUGCCCUACCCUCGUAUCCACUUCCCUCUGGCCACCUACGCCCCAGUUAUCUCAGCAGAGAAGGCCUAUCAUGAGCAGCUCUCAGUGGCCGACAUCACAAACGCCUGCUUUGAGCCAGCCAAUCAGAUGGUGAAGUGUGACCCUCGCCAUGGGAAGUACAUGGCCUGCUGCCUCCUGUACCGUGGAGAUGUGGUGCCCAAAGAUGUCAACUCCGCCAUCGCCACGAUCAAAACCAGGCGCACAAUCCAGUUUGUGGAUUGGUGUCCCACAGGCUUCAAGGUGGGUAUCAACUACCAGCCCCCCACUGUGGUUCCUGGAGGAGACCUGGCCAAGGUGCAGAGAGCCGUGUGCAUGCUGAGUAACACCACUGCCAUCGCCGAGGCCUGGGCUCGACUUGACCACAAGUUUGACCUGAUGUACGCCAAGAGGGCUUUCGUCCACUGGUACGUUGGAGAGGGGAUGGAGGAGGGGGAGUUCUCAGAGGCCAGAGAGGACAUGGCUGCUCUGGAGAAGGAUUACGAAGAGGUUGGCACUGACAGCGUUGGAGAGGAGGAUGAAGGAGAGGAGUACUGAGCUCCUGAAACAUCUGUAGCUGGCUGGUUCUAACAAAAGUCCAAAAAAUUCCUGUUCAAACUAAGCAGUCCACCUGUUCCAUGAAGUUGCCUGUGGCUGCAAAGUAAUAUUGGACUCAUUCCUUAAAGUGCACAUCCAAAAAUUUCCUGUUCAUACUAAGCAGUCCACCUGUUCCACGAAGUUCUCUGUGGCUGCAAAGUAAUAUUGGACUCAUUCCUUUAAAGUGCACAUUCCAGUGAGCUACCUGAAUUUCUUGUCUGGUUUUUCAGUGUGCAAACCAAUAAAAUGUUACAUUCA